CACAGUUUGAUGAUUGUAUUCUUUGUUAUUGAAAGGGUCUCUUUGUUUGUUAUAUCCAUAGACUGUGGUGCUUUACUCAAUUAGAUCUACUGCCACCUGUUGUUUAUAAGUUUCUGGAGCUAGGCUACAUGUACAGUACAUGUUACAUGGUAUCUUGGAAGGCCUGCUAUCACUGUGAUGUCAAAUUCCACUCCAUUACGUUUCAUCACUUACCUGUCGCCAAGCGUUCCAGUGGGACUAUUCGAAGCAGUCGUGCACUAUCUUGAAGAGUCACUAGGACGGGAAAUACAACUCAUAUAUGAGUCAAGAUGGAGUGGACCACCCUCUGACAGGGUCGACCCUUUCACUGCUAAUAAUGCUGAUAUAGGUGUGAUGUGCAGUUCUGUCUUCCUGAAACUUGUCGAGGAGAAGAAAACCUCCAUUGAGUUCCUUGAACUGGGGGCUGUCCAUACACAUCCAAGAAGUGAAGCAAGGCCAAUAUACUUUGGGGACAUUGUUGUACAUAGUGAUAACAAAGAUAAGUUUGAUAACUUUGAAAAGUUGAAAGGCUGCAAAUGGGGGUAUAAUGAUCCUGAAUCCCUCAGUGGAAACAUAAGUGUACUAGCUCAUCUUAAGAAAUGUGGAACAAAUGCCAGCUUCUUUGGACAUAUCAUACAAUCAGGUUCCCAUAUAGAGUCACUGAAAAUGAUACUCCACAAGACUAUAGAUGCCGCUGCUGUAGACUCAAACUCAUUGAUCAACUUUGUGAACAGCUAUCCUGAACAACGAGAAAAUCUACAUGUGAUGACAUCAUUAGGUCCAUUUCCCAUAUACCCCUUUGUGGCCAACUCUAGAUUGCCAGCUGAAACCAAAACCAAAAUAAAAGAAGCUUUGCUCAAUAUGCAUAAAUCGGUGACCUGGGAGGAAAAACUACAGAAAUAUGGCGUGCAAAAGUUUACAAAGACAGACAUGUCUCUAUAUGAUAAAGAGAAAGAGAUUAAAGAAUAUAUGAAAGGAUUAAAGAUUGAAACUGUAUAUUACUGAUAUUUGUGUAGCCCAGCAAUUGUUGUAUACUACAAGAAAACCUGUGUACGUGGAACACCUUUGAUAUCUCUUAUGAUGUUCCUCCACUUGUAGUGGUUCAUUUAACAUUAGCUCAGGAGGUAU